CAAGGCCUGUUUGCAACCAAAAUCGUAAAACCCCCUUUCUUCAUCAAUUUCCGGCUGUCUUCUCAUUCUUCGUCUUAAUUUCUCCCGACGACUCCUCAUAGAGGAGCGCGCCCUCUCGCAUCUCGCCGCCGCCGAGUAUGCUCUUAUCACUCCGCAUUUAAUUAUUUACAGAAAACCAAGUCUAGCAUCUUAGCUCCAAAGGGUACAAUUUUAAUUUCAAAUUGAUCUUGGAAUUGGUACUCUUUUUUGCUGUCACAAAAAUGGCGGUAUCAACCUAUUGAGAAGAGCUAACAUACAGAAAGGUGCAAAACUUUUGGAUAGAAAUUGUGAUACGAUUGUUCUUGGCAGGGAAACCAGAGACCUAGCGUGAAACUUUGCGCUAGUAUUGUAUUGUACUGAGUGUUUGGUGAAAGUAAAGAAUUAUUAGGAAUGGAUGCAAAAGCGAAGCAGAAAGCAUCGUUUCGAGCGAAGUUGAGCGCGCAAAAAAAGGAAAAGCAACGGAUUGAUUCUCCGCUUGUAAGGUAUAAUGAACAUGAUCAACCCAUAUGUAGAGUCUGUGAUGUGGUCGUCAAAUCUGAGCAGCUUUGGCCUGCACACCAAGCAUCUCGCAAGCAUCACGAGGCUGUUGAAAAGUACAAAGCCAGUGGUGCUGCUGCAAAAAAUCUGGCAAAUAAUGCUAAAUCUGAGUCUGCUAAAGAUUUACCAAAGCCUAAACCUGAGUCGUCCAGAGAUUUGAAUGCUAAACCUGAACCUUCUGUUGCCUUGCCUAAACAACGAUCAUCUACUCUGCCACCUGGGUUUUUUGAUGAUCAUGAUACAAAGAGACAGAAAAUUGAAAGGGAGCCCAGGAAGUUUGGAAACCCGGAUUCAGUGGAGGAUUCUGUGCCUGUAAAGAACCAACUUGCUGAGGCUUCUGUCUCAGGCAAUGGGAUCAACAGUUCAUCGACUGCUAUAACUGAGGACGUGGGACAACUGGGGCUUCAGGCUGCCAAUGAUUUUAGGCAGGUGUCAAAACCAGCCACUGGAUUAGAAUCUAAGCAAGCCAAAGGAGCACUCCCUGCAGGAUUUUUUGAUGACAAAGAUGCUGAAUUACGUGCACGGGGAAUCACACCUGUCAAGCCUGAUGUUAAGGAUGAAUAUAAGGAGUUCGAGAGAUUGAUUAAAGAUGAUUUACAGGAGAUAGAUAAUCGUUUGGAGGAAGAAGAGUUUGAUGCAGCUGAAAAUAUUGAAGAGGAGGAGAUGGUUGAGCAAAGGAACUACGUAGAUAGGGUUGAGAUGUUAAGAAGGAAGAAGCUCGAGAUUAGUGCUUCCAGAUCUGCUAUUACUCCUAAGAGUAAGGAAGUCACACACAAGGAUUCCAGCCAUGACGACUUGUCCAGUGAUGAUGAUGAGGAUGAAGGGAACUUUAAAGUCGAUUGGAGAGCUAAGCAUUUUUAGGCACACUUCUUCUCCGUUGCAGGUGAUCAUCUCCAUGAGCAUUCAUGUAUCUUCGUAGCUAAAAGCCUAAAACUGCCUUUCCUCUUUAAGAAUGAAAAAUCGCUUCAGUUAUUAGGGAAUCGUAAGCUUGUCAGCAUAUCUUGUAGUAACAAAUUUGAUACAUGGAAACAGUAUCACGAUUUUAUGAUACGUUUUUAGAUGAAA